AGAACAAAGUGAUUCCUUAUAAAAUAACUUAAGGCAUAAAAGACGAAAAAGUAGGCGUGACAGCUAUGAUCUCCAAUCUCCAUUUGGGGACAGCCUCGGAGUAAUUUGGAUGAUAUUUAAGCGGUUAACUCCAUCUAACUUACUUCCCUCUUUUCCCCCCUUCGGCCCUGUUGAGUGUUUGAUUCAUUUUCAUUCGCUCUCUUGAAAUUUUUCCAUUUGGCUACCGACAUAUGGCUCCUACCUUAUGGUUUUCCAGCUUCUGAACUCAAACCAACAAACACCGCCCUCAUCAUCAACCUGUUGACGAAUUAUUCUUUUUCCCCCUCAAGUGCUAUUUGAUUGCUGCAAGCUUCCUCUCUCACCAUUCAUUCGGUCAGACUUCUUCUUACCUUUUGGUCUUCUCAAGUUCUUUUCUUAUUAAUUCUACUUAACUUAAAGCUAUAACCACCCCCCUAGUUAGUUUAGGCUUAAUUAUCUAUUCUUUAGUACUACUUCAGAUUUUAUAAUAACCAUCUUGAUUGGUUUUCUCACCUGUUUCCUUUGUUACUUCAACUAAACAGGGAAAAAGUUUUUCUGGGUUCCCUCUAAAUCUUUCUUGAGUUCUGCUUCUCAUUUAGAGUAUAUUUUUUUUGUAUGUAUGUGUUUUUUGCAUGGUUGUUUUAAGUUGUAGAACUUGACAACUUAUUAAUUGUCUGGGUUAAUUUAGUCCUGUAACCAGAAUUCUUUUCCCGGCCUUUGUUCUUCUUCUUCUUCUUCAUCAUUGUUUUCUCAACUUUCUGUCACAAAUUCUAGUACUUUUUUUGUUUAGAAUUGAAAGGCGGGUUCAGAUUUAGAAACGUGUAGAUUCUACUGUUGUUAGAUUCUUUCUCUUUUACAGCCCUUUUGUUUUGGUGUUAUUUGUUUCCCUGUUAGAUUCUUCAACCUGUCACUUCUCUGUUUUCCCCUUUUCCCUUUAAAGCUAGUAGCUCCAUGUGCCGGAGUUAUUAGUAACUUUUCAGGCCCAAAAUUGAAUAGAAAGUUUGAAACUUGAAUUUCAUCAGGGCUUACUUGGACCAAAAUCUUAGCAAUUUUAAACCCGGUGUUGUGAGAGGUCAACACCCAUAUUAAUGGCCGCCAUGCAGAGUACUCUGUUUCCAAAAGAGCGUGAAGCCAUUUCAUUUUCCACGGUGCCUUGGUGGAGCGGUCUCGGGUCUCAACCCGAAGCUCAUGAGGAGGAUCACCACGAUGCAUUUGGUGGGCUGUUCAAGUCUUCUGCAACUACCCAAACUCAAUCUCCUAAGGAAAUCCCGGAGAACAAUGAUCCUAAGCAAGAAACCGGAAAGGGAUUAUACCCUAAUAAUCACCAGUUCAUCAUUUUUCCUGGUCAUGCCAAAAAUCCUCCGGCUGAGAAGAACUUUCAGCUCCAAGGUUCUAACAACAUGCAAGGAACAGCUUUGGAAUAUCGCGGGCAUAUUGAACUAGGCUUCGGUCAACCUGUGGUUCGUGCCAAAUAUCCUCAUGGAGAGCAGUGUUAUGGAGUGUUAUCAUCUUAUGGGCAUCAACUCACUGGCCGAAUCAUGCUGCCACUGAAUUCAACCACCGAUGAGGUUCCGAUAUUUGUGAAUGUUAAGCAGUAUCAUGGAAUACUGAGGCGCAGAAAGUAUCGUGCAAAAGCAGAAAUGGUGAAAAAGGCUCAGAAAAGCCGCAAGCCGUAUCUGCACCUGUCGCGCCAUCUCCAUGCAAUGCGCCGACCAAGAGGUUGUGGCGGUCGUUUUCUCAACACAAAGGCUUUGAAGGGCACCCAUGAUCCAACUGAUGAAAAACGAUCCACAACAGGAAAAUUUCAGACAUUUUCUCAACUGACUGGAUCCCAGAGUUCUGAACUAUUCCAGUCUGAUAGUGGAAAUUCAAGCUCACCAAAAGCAUCUGAUGGAUACAGAUCAAACAAUAUGGGUUCUGAGGUGACUAGUGUGUACUCCAGGGCUGAUCUCGAUCCAUUUCCGUUUACCAAUCUCUGCCAGACGGUUCAUCCUCUGCCUAAUUUGAUGAGUUCUGGUCUUGGCAUGGUCCUUCCUAGUCAAUGGGUUGCAGCAGCUGAUACCAUCGGCUGCUGCAACCUUAAGGUAUGAAAAUCAGGGAAAGGAUGGAAUUUGUUUCCAGUCAUUGGUCUCAAAUUCCAUCCUUUUUCGCAGCCAAAUGGAAACACCGGUUCUACCACCAUUUGGUUGCUUCUAGGCAAAUCAUUCUUGGCUUAUUAGCAUUUUGGCCUGUCUCCAUCUCUUAUGCUAGGGAGUGGUAUGGAUUGGAGACACACAAGGCCUUAAUGCUUUGUAAAAUAGAAAACUCGUUUUAUCGUAAUCCCCUGCUUAAAUAAUACAAACUUCCCAACGUUGGUAGCUGUUCCACGCUGCAGUUGAGGGAAUUUGCUUUCUCGAAGUUCUGACUUAAGAAUCCUGAAGCCUUUGACAUGGUUGAAAGUCAGGUCCUGAGAAUCCUGUAAUUGGAUCUCAUGGGGUUUCCGUGCCUUAAGUCAUGAACAGAUUUGGUUUGUUUAGUUCUGGGCUUGUUGGAAUAAAUUUACAUUCUUCAAGAGUUUUGAACUCCUGAAGCUUAUUGAAUCAUGUAAUAUAAACAACCUGGAUUUGAACCUGUUGUUUCAGUGAACUUUCAUGUUUGUUUAAGGUUUCAUCAUCUCUAUACAGACACAGCUUUCAUCGUGUUUACUUUUUCACCUUCAGCUUUGCCAUCCAUCGUCAGCAAGGAAUAGAACUCUAAUUUACUAUCAUUUUGAGCUAAAAUGAUUAAGUUUAAGCCUGUUUAAUGCAUGAUGCAACUUUAGUUGACUUGGACAUAACAACGCUAAGUACUGAUUAGGACAGUUAGUUCACAGUACAUAUUCAUCCGACCAAGAAAGAAGCACUAGUUUCUUUCAAGAUAAUCUGAUUAAGAUUAGAGCAAUUUUCAGUUUUCAGUUCGUAACAACAGCAAAGGAAAUAACCACAGAGCUUAAAGGGCUUCAGAAGGUUUGUUGGUCUGCUGCAUGUGAUUUUUUUUUGAUUAUGGAUUAGAACUAAAGUAGCUAUACUAACGUAUAUUAGGCUCCCUUUGCAUGAAGCUGGCAAUGCGGCUUCCCAAUAUUCAAUCGUUGAGUUUAGAUAUAUAAAGUGGUGUAAAAUUAUUCUCUAUUAGGAACAAACAAACAAAAAAAUUGCAUCUUAGAUGAAAGGGUCAAAAGGGAAAUUGUUCAUAAUCUUUCUAGUUUUAGUCUUCAUUCCAUGUCAAAGUAGUAUUCUUGAAGAAGUUCAUGUUACAGUGAUCAAUGGGUUGGGACAUGGGAAGAUUAUGGAUAUUCAUUGUCGAUCAAAAGAUGAUGAUCUCGGUCGUAUUGCAAUUCCUGAUGGGCAUUCCAUAUCUUGGAGUUUCCGGGUUAAUUUGUGGGGAACUACUCUGUUUUACUGCGAAGUGGAUUGGAAUGACGACGACUCUGAUGUUCCUAAGCGUUUUGAUGCGUAUUCCCACAAACGCGACGGCCGGCGGUGCCAUUCGGAAUGCAUGUGGAUGAUCGCCGAGGACGGAAAAUUGUACGGCCGGGAUCCUAAUUCCGGCCAGUGGGAGUUCAUGCCUUACCGACGUUAACUCUUUUUAGUACUUCCAAUUUGCAACCAACCACAAUGUUGGAGCUUUUGUUUUAGUUAAACACAGAGAUUAAAAACCAUUGGAUAAAAUGGACAAUAAAUCUACUUCUCAUA